GUCUGCUCUGCUGGCAGGAUUAACAUAGUGCUUUCACAUCUAAUGGAGGACAUGCAGGCAUGAAUAGCUCCAAAAUUGUUUGGUGUCUAAAGAAUGCAGUCUUUGAGGGCCCGGUGCACAGAGCAGUGGGCUGUUGUGUUGUCAGUGCAAGCGCAUGCCAGUGAUGGACUACAGCCCAACGGACACUAACCGUCGCUGGCAUUCACAAAACAGCAUUCCUCUUUACUAAGACCAGCUCCACAGAAUGCUGAGUCCUAUUGUCCCCUAUAGCCUAUUAAAGAUGCACUGGAACCCAGAGCAUGCCCAGUCCCUCAGCCAGUGGCCUGAGCAGCACCUGGAUGUCUCCUCCACCACCUCCUCUCCGGCACACAAGUCAGAAAUCUACCCCGGUCGCGGCCGCAACUCCUACAACUACUCUUGGGCCAACGAUGACAUCUCUGCCCUCACGGCUUCCAAUCUGCUGAAGCGCUACGCAGAGAAGUACUCCGGUGGGCUGGACUCACCGUAUGACCGGCCACCUAACGUGGGCUCCUACCCAGAGCCAGGGGCCUUUGGUGGCCUCAAUGGCCAGAAGACUGAACUGGAGCCCUGGCCUCUGACACACAGCACUGAUGCCUCCUAUUCCCUAGUGCCCCCUGGAGGCCAUGACAGCCUCUCUGCUUCCAAGGCUGUCGCCACAACUGCAGGCCCUCCAGGGAUUAGUAGUGUGUCAGUGGUAAACAGUAACCUCUCGGACUCUGGUUAUAGCGGCAGCAGCUCAUGCAGUGGCUCUAGCGAGUAUCCCUCCAACUACAACGGCACCUAUCUUGCCUCAGGAUACUGUCCUCAACCUGGUGCAGCACUUCCUCCCGCCUCACUCCACACUAUUCAAUCCACCCCUACACUGGUACCCAGCUAUAGCCCAACUGCACCUGUCUAUAGCUACCCCCCCAGCACAUACCCUCCUCAGUCCAGCCUAGCCCCCAAUUAUAGCCACCCCUCUGCAACUUACCUGCCAUCAGGUCUGCCUGCACCAACUCCCAUUCCAGCCAGGCAAGCAGUGGUCGGAGGAAGCUAUAGUUACCAGAGCAACACAACUGAGUCUGGAGGGUCACUGAAAAGAAAAGCAUUUGAGAUGAGUGUAGAUGAGGAUGAAGGCGGGGACAGUGCACGUUACAGGAAAUAUAACUAUGACCCAUUGAAGGCAGGCGGGAACUCGCCUUACAGUGUGAAUGACAAAACAGAGUGCAGAGGAAACGGCUUCAGCAGUUCAUCAGGCAGCACAGAUCCACAAAAUUUUGAGCCCAAUAAGCCUUCCUCUCAGCCCCUGGUGUCUCCUCAGUAUGGACCAGCUGGGGAGUACAGCCCUCCAGCUGGCAUGACAGGAGAGAAUGGAGUGGCGGAGCAGGACUUCACCCAACAGCAACACCGCUCUCAGGCCCACAAACACUCUUCGUUGUGCGGUCCAACUGUUGAGACUCUGAAGAGUCCGGAGCCCAGCGUGUUGGACCUAAUUAAUGGGGAGAUUUUGGACUGCAGCCCAGCCCUAAGCUGGGGGGAGUUGGCCGGGCUCACCCACAUCAAAGCUGCCCUGGAAGAGGACCUGCUGUGGCCUGUGUUGAGACCGAGUCCGCUGAUGCACCCACCAAGAACCAUCCUGCUGUUUGGCCCCCAGGGAGGGGGAAAGACCACACUGACCCGUUCUUUGGCUUCACAGAUUGGAGCCUCCCUCUACAAGCUAAGUGGAGCCAUGCUGGCCUCUAAAGGGAAGGCAGAGGCGGAACACAUCCUGAGGUCUGUGUUGCAGGUGGCGGGGGCACGGCAGCCAUCAGUGGUGCUCCUAAGCCAACUUGAAGUCAUGGAGGAAGAGGAGGGGCUGAGACAGACACUGCGCACCUUCUUAGAAAAAGCCCGGUCAGCUACUGGUUUGGUGAUUGUCGUGUGUUCCACCGGCAGGCCUGAUCUGCUGCAAGAUGCGGUCCAUCGCAGCUUCGCUAAGCGCUACCACGUUGGCCUGCCAGAUGCGGGAAUGCGCAGGCAGGUGCUGCUACAGGCGCUCUCACUUCAGAGCAACAUCCUGACCGAGAGGGAGUUGAGCAUUGUGCUGCAGCGUGCUGAAGGCUACUCUGUUUGGGAACUACUGCAGCUCAGCCAGCAGGCACUCUCUUUGGCAUCAACCACCACUGGGGCCAUGCACGGCAUCUCUGCCACGUCCAAACCCCCAGCCUUCACAGACUUUGAGAAUGCCUUCUGCAAAGUGCGCCAGCACAGCACCACAAAAGAACUGGACACUUGUAUAGAGUGGAGCAAGAUGUAUAGCCACUGAAGAGGCAGCCAGGCACUGUACUUGGACUUCUCAUGUGCUUUGACGCAGCAAGCCCUUGUUUUCCUAUCAUAAACCAUGCAGCCAAAAAAGCCGACCAAGCUUACAAAUACAUGAGAGUCAACAUUUGUUUGUUUUACCGACAUUAGCAUGCCGAGUGUGUUGUUUUUGUUCACAAUGUUUUGGUCUUCCCAAAGAAAAGAAACUAACCUUGAUGAGUAGUGUAGCGUAAAUGUGGUUUGGCCAAUGGAAGAAUCAGAUCAAUUUGGAUCCUCUCCUGUUUAGCCUUGGUCCAGGACAAAAUCAAUUGUUUGUUGCUAGGUGAUGUGGGCCAAGAUAAUGGAUAAUCAGGGUUUGGAAAAUCCCCCAUUUUUCUGCUACUCUCAGGAUCCUAUUUAUUUCCAGUUCACUUGCAUGCACGCUAUUGCUAAACGUUCCAUCUCUGCUUUGGGAUCGGCAAACCAGUUUUCUUUGACCAAAAACAUGACAAACCAAAUCAGCUGUUGUGCUGUUCUAUUGUUCUAAUCAGACUGGAGCUCCAAGACACAAUGCUACAGUAGCUGCUCGCCAAAUACUAAACAGUUACUCCAUGCUACCCUGAAGAUUGAUUUCAUUGGUUUAAUUUCCUCAUGCCCGGCGACACUCGAUGCUUGAUUGUAGCAAGUACUUCAUGGGUCUCUUCACUCUUCAAACCGUUACAAUAUUUGCUUUAUCUUGUACUGCUGUCCUUGACGUCCACAUUCAGUACAAUAAAUGGCGCUCACAUUCCUUAUUGACCGCAGAGAAUCCUACAGUGGGCCCACCUGCACACCGAACACGUCUUUGUCUAUUUCACACACUGCUUUUUUGUUUUCGUAGUAUGUUAGUCUCGUUUGAAAUGCUCAGGAAGAAUUUCUUUACCUCAGAAUUAAGAAAUAAAGAAUGUAUGUGAUCCUAGGGUCUUAGCGGAGAAUGGCGCAGAACGAGGGAGAGAAAGCCUGGAGAAAUGCGACAGUCUGGGCUUUUACCUCGGGAGAGAAACUUGAAUAAUGGUACAAGAGUAACAUUGAAUGUAAUUCAGGUAUUUCAAAGGAUAUUUGAUGCCAUAAAUCCAUGUAUUAUUAUAUAUGAAUAUAUAAAUGUUUUUUUUUAUGUUCUUUUAUCGCUUGUUUUUAUUGUAGUUUCUGGUGGAAUGCUGAUUGUCGUCAAGAAAUACUAUAUAGAAUACAGAACAUCCUUUUUGCUGGACAAGCUACUUCCUUUGUGUGAUGAUGCAUUUGCAUAUUUGUGUGUGGAUGCCAUUAACAGUAUAAAUAUGUAUAACACAAAAUCAUAUGCCUCUGGUGAAAAGCAUGAUGAUGUAAAAACACAAUUCAGAGUGACAAUUUUCAGUGUGCAUGUUCUAGAUAAAUCCAAUAUGUAGACAAUCCAAAUUACCACCAAGCUGGAAAAAUGGUCAAGUACAGUAUUUCCUCGUUUAUCACUGCUAAUUGCUUCUUCGAAGUAGGAAUCCUUAAGUAUAAAUACAAUUAUAAAUGUAUUAUUUUCAUAGGUAGAGCAUAACAAAAAUUUGUUUACGACCUUCUAAAUACAUUUUUCAACAUUACGAGAAAUGACAUGAAAUGACGCAUUUUAGUCACAUUUACACAAAUAUAGCAAAUCUUCUGAGGCUGAGCCAAUCAGUGGGCACGAUACUGAACAUCUAGUGACCAAUGCUACUGUCGUAUUGAUAUCUUUAGUUCAUUUAGCUAUUUUUAUGCUUAAAAUACUUAGUGUAGAAUAAACCUGAAAAAACAAACAAAUAAUCUGCGAUAUGGUGAAACUGCAAUAUAUGAAGCGCAAUGUGGCGAGCUAUGACUGUACAUCCAAUAAAUGGAGGGAAAAGUUAGGACUUCAAUUUACAAAUAGUAUUGUGUUGACAACUCCCCGAAUUGUUUUUUUUCAUGGAGCCUAGAAUUCCUAGUGAUGUGGACGGAAGUACAAAAACCCCAAUACAUAAUCAAUUUAAAUCUUUACAAAGCAUUUGGUUGCCAAUUGCAUCUCUUUACCUGAAUGGGAACAGUUUGGGGAAGACGAUCUUCCGUUCCUCGGUGUAGAAAACAAGGUCGAUGAAGUUGGUGAAUAAAUAUUUGAGUGUUUUUAGUACAGACUGAAGAUGCAUGGCGGCCUAGUGGUUAACAUGAUGCCCUCUCGGUCAGGAGAUCUGAUCUAUGUUUGAAUUUUGACGUUUUCUGCGGGUACAUUGACUUCCUCUCACAGCCCCAAAAACAUGCACUCAGGCUUAAAUUGUCAUAUUUGUGAAUUUGAAUGCAAAAGGUUGUGUGCGAUGGACCAGUCACUCUAACAAGGACGAGCCGUAUUGAGUAGGAAUGCACACAACCCUGAUUUCAACCUUUGGGAUGAACUAGAACCGAGAUUGUCCCUCACAGUAUCAACAAAAGGCCUCAGACCCAAACCAAAAUCUUGACGCUUCACUCUCACUUCCUGGUAUCGAUUAAGCGUACCACCGCCAUGGUCCUGAUGAUGUAAUAUUCCUCUCCCUCCCUUCCUUCACCGUUCUUUUCCUCCCCCUCCCCCCUGCUCCCAAUGCAAUCUCAUUAGAUUGGAUGGCCCCCAGCCACAAGGACCAGUGGCCAUGUGGUAUCGUAUCUUACCCCCCCCCCCCAACUCCUCCUUCCCUUAUAGUGAUUCCUCCGGAUUGGAAGUGGUCUGAUUGAUGUCCAACCAGCAAGCCUAUAGCCUUCCCUAUCCAGCUGGUGGCUUCAGCCAUGCCACAGCACCUGAUCAAUCAGAUGCCCCCCCGUGCAUACUAAUCACUGAACGACACACUGAAGGCUCAGCCUCCAUUCGUUAAGUAUUAUUCACGACUUUUAAUUCGUAAAAAGAGUAGUUUGUCCAGCAAAAAAAAAAAAAAAAAGUUUAUUUUUUACACUGUUUGAAUUUGUAACAUUAUUCUUGGUUAUUGUACAAUUUCUGUGACAAUUUCUACCUCUUUUUUUUUUUUUUUUUUUUUUGCGGCAUAUUGUACAUGAAAGUAUUUAUUUCAUGUCUUUUGUUGAUGUCUGUUUUGAAAAAAAAUGUUAUUGAACUGUAAUGGUCUACCUCAGAAAAGACUGUAUUUUAAGAGAAGAG